AUGAAAUUUGAGGACCUUUUGCAUGAUGUUGGUGGCUUCGGACAGUUCCAGUGGAUAAUCCUUCUCCUGAGUUGUGCCCCACGGCUCAUCCUACCCUGGCACUACUUACUCCACAAUUUCCUAUCUGCUGUUCCUUCUCAUCACUGCCAUCUGGCAGCCCAGGACUUCCUCAAUCUGACCCAGGAGGACAGGCUGCUGGCUGGUAUCCCUACGGAGAAUGAUGGUUCCCUCAGCUCCUGUGAAAUGUACUUGAAGCCACAGUUUCAUCUCAUCAACGUGACCCUUGGGGAAUAUAACCAGUCCACAGUGAUCGGUUGUCAGAAUAGCUGGGAUUAUAAUCCAUCACCAUUCACUUCAACGUUAGUGACUGAGUGGGAUCUGGUGUGUGAGAAACGGAGUUUGAACCAGGCAGCAACCAGCAUCUUCUUCAUUGGAGUGAUGUUGGGAUCUCUGCUCUUCGGCUACUUAUCAGACAGGUUUGGCCGCAGGAAAAUGCUUCUGCUCGCGUUCGUGUCCACGACGACGGCUGGGACUGUGGCCUCCUUCUCCAGCUCAUACCUGAUGUUUGUCGUGUUCAGAAUGCUGUGUGGUGUGGGUUUAACUGGGAUUUCCAUCAUCUCCAUCACUCUGUCUGUCGAAUGGACUGAUGUGGAGCAUCGGUCCUCAAUGGCCAUCAUUCCCAGUCCAAUGUGGAGCAUCGGUAACAUGUUCCUGGCUCUCAUUGCGUAUCUGAUCAGAGACUGGCGCUGGCUCCUGUUCACUGUCACAGCUCCAUGCCUACUUGCUGCAGCUCUCUGUUGGUGGAUCCCAGAAUCUGCCAGGUGGCUCCUGGUGAAAGGCAAAACAACAGAGGCCCAGGCCAGCCUGCGUAAAUGUGCCAAGGUGAACAAUCGGACGGAGAGCGACCCUGCAUUGGCUACUCAGAUUCUCGAUCAGAUAAUUGGUAUUGACCAAGGCCGUGAGCAAUAUUGGUUCUGGCACCUUCUGAUGACCCCUGCGAUGAGGAAGCUCACUUUCUGCACUGGGAUUAUUUGGUUUGGUAUUUCGCUCUCAUAUUAUUCAAUCAGUUUCUCCAUCAGCGAUUACAGCUAUAAUGUGUAUUUAAUGCACUUUAUCUACGCAGCCAUUGAACUGCCAGCCAAACUCAUCACCUAUGCAUUGCUGAAAUGGGUUGGCCGGAGACACUGCCAAGGGGGCUUCCUCAUUGCGACAGGUCUCCUCAUGAGCAUCAACCUCCUCAUUACUAAGGACCAGCCAAACCUGAAACUGGGAAUCACAAUCAUUGCCAAGGGAAGCUCGGAAGCUGCAUUCACGACAGCAUUUCUGUACACGUUAGAGCUCUUCCCAACAGCUGUCAGACAGAUCGGAAUGGGGUACACCUCCUUUAUGGCGCGUUUGGCAGCAUCCUUAACCCCAAUGGUCAGUUUGCUUGAUAUGUUCUGGGUCCCACUGCCACAGAUCCUAACCAUCGUCAUCACGGGCUCAGCGGGAGGACUGGCAUUCCUUCUUCCAGAAACAGCAGCGAGACCGCUGCCUGAAACCAUCGAUGACAUUGAGAACCUAAGUGAUUUGGAUCCUCCUGACUGUCCAAGCAUCAAUGGGAUGGCUCUGAAACCUCACGGUCGUAUUGAGAUGGAAGGAUGUGAGGAGGAGUCUCUCUGAAACCAGGGAGAUCCACAUCAGUGGAGAGGAACCGGUACUUUUGUAUCACACAACAAAUAAAGUUUAAAACUAAA